AGCAACACAGGAUGUAUGUACACCUCAUAUAGCCUGAUCAGAGCAUCCAUCUGCUCUAUUACAGUGACUGUCUGCACUUGGACAAUGGCGCCAACGGUCUUAUUGUGGCUCCUCAUCCUAAUUGCCUCGCUCAAGCCCUCAGAAAGCCACGGUCACGACUUUGAAGAGGUGAAGGACUAUGAGGUGGUUCGACCCGUCAGACUUCACACAGUUAGAAAGAGACAUGCAGAGCAUCUCAGGCCAGAGACUGUUAAGUAUGGAAUGACGGUGGGAGGACGAGACAUUGAAUUGCAACUCGAAAGAAAUAAGGAAUUACUCACCAAAGACUACACUGAGACUUACUACCAAGAAGAUGGGACUCGAGUCACCACAACUCCAAAUGACGUCGAUCACUGCUACUAUCAUGGCAGCAUUGUGAACGACAGCCAAUCAUCUGUCAGCAUCAGCACUUGUGAUGGACUCAGGGGUUACUUCAGAACGUCAGCCCAGAGGUACCUGAUUGAGCCACUCUCUGGCGGCGAUGAGGGGGACCACGCGGUGAUGACCGUUGAUGACAAGAACUCCACACCUGCAGUGUGCGGCGUCACCAACACCAGCUGGAGUGACGACUUUGAACCCCAAACGAGCCGGAGCCGCUCCAGAUCAGUGGGUAUCGUCCAGAAACAGAAAUACCUUGAGCUCUACCUUGUUGCUGAUAACCGUGCGUACGUGAAGAUGAAUCGAGAUCGGACAGCGAUGAGAAACAGGAUAUUUGAAGUUGUCAACUUCGUCAAUAUGGCCUACAAGCCUCUGAGGACCUUCGUUGCUCUGGUGGGGCUGGAGAUCUGGUCCAGUCGUGACUUGAUCUCUGUGACCCCCCCGGCCGAGGCCAACCUGGACGCUUUCAUGAAUUGGAGGAACUCUGAGCUGGUGAAGAGGAAAAAGCACGACAACGCACAUCUCAUCAGUGGUAUUAACUUUGAAGGAAACACCGUGGGGCUGGCUUUCAUUGGGACUCUUUGCUCAGGUCACUCUGUUGGAGUUGUACAGGAUCACAAUGACCGGGCCAUUGCAGUGGGAGCAACUCUGGCCCAUGAGAUGGGCCAUAACCUGGGCAUGAGACACGAUGACUCCAGCGGCUGUGCUUGUUCUGGUGAUAGCUGCAUCAUGGCUGCAGCGCUCAGCCGGAAUAUUCCUCGGACCUUCAGCAGCUGCAGCACCAACAGCUAUGAGAAAUACUUGCUGAACCGCAGCCCGAGCUGCCUGCUGGACAAACCAGACUACAGCACGCUGGAGGCCCCGUCGUUCUGCGGCAACGGCUUCGUGGAGAAAGGAGAACAGUGUGACUGUGGCAGCUUGGAGGAGUGCACCAACCCGUGCUGCAACGCCACCAGCUGCACACUGAAGGAGGGCUCACAGUGUGCUGAGGGAGAGUGCUGCAAAGACUGUAAGAUCUCGCCUCGGUCCACGGAGUGUCGCCGGCGGCAGGAUGAAUGUGACCUGGCAGAGUUCUGUGACGGGAAGAACGCCACCUGUCCCGAGGACGUGUUUACUGUGAAUGGCGUCUCGUGUGAUGGAGGUCUGGGGUACUGCUACAACGGCCAGUGUCCACAGAGGCCAAACCAGUGUGUCAACCUGUAUGGAUCUACUGCUACAGACGCUCCGUCCUGCUACAACCUGAACACCGGAGGAACCGAGUUCGCCUUCUGCAGACGCCCCGAUGAAAACACAUACAUCCCCUGUCAGCCAGAAGAUGUGUUUUGUGGGAAGCUCUUCUGCCACGGCGGUAAUGACAACCCAGAAUACGGCCACAUGGUCAGAGGCACCUGCAAGGCCGCCUUCUUUGGAGACUACACCAAAGACUACGGCCAGGUGGACACCGGCACUAAAUGUGGGGAUGGAAAGGUGUGCAGCCAGAAUGAGUGCAUGGAGCUUCAGACAGCGUACAGAAACACAAACUGUUCAGCAAAAUGCAGCGGCAACGCUGUAUGUAAUCACAGAAGUGAGUGCCAGUGUGAGCCUGGCUGGAUGCCUCCUCGCUGCAACUCCAAGGAUGCGUCUUUGAGUCCUCUUUCUACCGGAGCAACUAUUGCUAUCGCAGUGAUUGUUAUACCAGUGGUUUUAGGUAUCAUAGCUGGUGUGGUCGGAUUCAUCUGUAAAAAUUGACAAAGUCCCACGCUGCCAACGUAA